GCUUGGUGUUUUCAGAGGGUGCGCUUUUGCUUCAUUUACGGUAACGUGGACCUGCAGUGUCCGCAAAGGCAUCAGGUGAUCUACUGACUUGAAGCGUAGGUUGACUGGAGAAAACACAAAAUGACAGGCAAAAAUGCCACUUGGCGUAACAUGGGGCUGUGUUAUAGUCUGCGUCCCCGGUUAUUCGGGGAUCUGAGUGGAACCAUUUCCAACGCGAAUUCAGACACCGAGCAGCCGCCCGAUCUGAUCAUUCCGUCGCGUGUUGGGGAAUCUCGGCGCGACGAGUCCGGAGGGAACAGCAACAGCAAGGCAACUCCGUCUCCAUUACGCGCGGGCCAGACGCACCAGUGGGACGCCGGUAAAAUCCCCAUCGGGGAACGCAGGCUUGCUGGAGACGCCACCGCGGAUGGAGCGCUCAUCCAGAACGGAGGAGGAGGAGGAGGAGGCGGCGGCGGCAAGGCCACGGGAACCGUGAAGGAUCGCAGCCGAAGACUACACCUCCUCCCUACAUCCAGCCAAAAGGCAAAGAACUGGGACAAACUGGUGGUGGAGGAAAAGGAGGCCGAGAAGGAGGCGCGGAAAGUCAGUAAAAAUAUUGACCGCGUCCUGAAAGAACUUAAAAGGGAAUACAAACAGACCCACCGACUGCUUUUAUUAGGAGCUGGAGAAUCGGGAAAAAGCACCAUCGUGAAACAGAUGAGAAUUCUUCAUGUGAACGGUUUUAACGCAGAAGAAAAAAGACAGAAAAUCCAAGACAUCCGGAAAAAUGUCAAGGAUGCCAUAGUGACGAUAGUGUCUGCAAUGAGCACUUUAAUACCACCUGUCCCUCUCGCCAAUCCAGAGGACCAGUUUAGGAUCGAUUACAUCAAAAGCAUAGCACCGCUGUCGGAUUUUGACUACCCGCAGGAGUUUUUUGACCAUGCCAAGAAACUUUGGGAUGAUGAAGGAGUGAAAGCAUGUUACGAGAGGUCCAACGAGUACCAGCUCAUCGACUGUGCACAUUACUUCCUUGACCGAAUUGAUGCUGUAAGACAAAGUGACUACACGCCAACAGAUCAGGACUUGCUGCGCUGCAGAGUUCUGACAUCAGGGAUCUUUGAAACGCGAUUUCAAGUAGACAAAGUUAACUUUCACAUGUUUGAUGUGGGAGGUCAAAGAGAUGAGAGGAGAAAGUGGAUCCAGUGCUUUAAUGACGUCACUGCGAUCAUCUUCGUGGUGGCGAGUAGCAGUUAUAACAUGGUCAUUAGAGAGGACAACAACACAAACAGACUACGAGAAGCUCUCGACCUCUUUCGCAGUAUCUGGAACAACAGGUGGUUACGGACCAUCUCGGUGAUCUUAUUCCUCAACAAGCAGGACAUGCUGGCAGAGAAAGUAUUAGCUGGGAAAUCCAAAAUUGAAGACUAUUUCCCAGAAUACGCUCGCUACACCAUACCAAAUGAAGUUAAUAAGACCAAAAAAAGAAAAACAAGAGAAAAAAUGUCAGAAAAUCUAAAAUACCCGACUCCAGAACCAGGAGAAGACCCAAGAGUGACAAGAGCCAAGUAUUUCAUUCGGGAUGAAUUCCUGAGGAUCAGCACGGCAAGCGGAGACGGACGCCAUUACUGUUACCCUCAUUUUACGUGCGCUGUGGACACGGAAAAUAUCCGCCGGGUAUUUAACGACUGUCGGGACAUCAUCCAGAGAAUGCACCUGAGGCAGUAUGAACUCUUGUGAUCUGGUUUUACGAAAGCCAGAGCACUUUUGUUUUUAAAAGAACCCACUCCUAAACAAGGCCAAAACCCAUGGACUAUAUGUAUGACUUAUUUUUGGCAGAUCCAGAGUUUCUUGUUUAUUAUUGUUUAGUUUUUUUGAACCAUUGUUAAUCUUAAGGGGUAUAUAUUUUAUUUACUUUCUGUCAUUCCGCUAAGCCUUUGGCUAUCCUUAUUAGUGUGUGUGUGCGUGUGCGCGCACGUGUUCACCAUAUUGAUAGUUUAUCAGCUAAACCUACCAUAUUGACCCCCUUUGUAGACUUACACUUAGCAUCUGUAGCACCUAUGUUGCUAGGCAACAGUUUAAAGCCCACCUCUGCCCUGUCCAUCAGUGGAACUUGAACACCAUAAGACAACAUUUGCUAAAAAGUGGCAAUUAAUGUAAUUUAACUUUUAAAAAAAAAAAAAGAAAAAAUAAUUGAAUUAGUGACGCAUAAAUAUUCAGUGCUCACAGUGAAGCAUGCUAGUGGUAGCAUCACAUGGAGCCGUACUCUUGGUCUAUUGUUUGAUUAUUUGAUUAUUGUCCUCCGUACACGGUCACUGAGUUUUGGUGGAUGGCCUCUUCUAGGCUCUUCCUUCCAGUUUUUUGGCCCACAUUUUGGCUUUGAGCUCGGGCAUUCUCGUAAGCCUACUUACUGCGUGGCGAGUUAUUUAUGUAGAGCUGCACAGUUAUUUAGCAGUCAAUGCUUAGUACAAAUAGUUUAAACCAACAGCCAGACCUCUGCAGAAGAGUAGGCGCUCCACGUGCUGAGGUGGUAUUCGGUAUUCUCACCGAGAAAUAAACACGACGCAUUUGGAUCAAAGCAACGUUAUGUGGUGAAUGUUAGAUCAACAGCCUAGCGAACCAGCUUGUUCCGUUCCUCACCAGAUCCACACGUUACUUUGCCAUUCUUCAUCAUUUGGUGCAUCUUUUCCACUAAUGAAUGGCGGGCGGGGAACAUGGGGCAUAAUCAACAGGAACAUAUUAGAAUGUCCCUUGCAUAUUUUGGUGCUUGGACCCCUAUAAUGACAAUAUUCAUAUUGAUUUUGAAUUGCAAAGCUAUAUGGUAAGUGUAGCUAAUAAACUGUUGGGUAUAUAUAUACAUAUACUCUCUCACACACACACCACACACACACCACACACACACACACACACACUCUUGCAUCCACCAAUUUCUGGAGGUGGCACCACAUUGUGACCCCUGACCUCUUGGCCUCUUGGGCUCUCUGCUGCUCUUUGUCUCCGCUCUACUGAAGAGGUGAACACUGGGAAAAAGAAGUACAUGAGAAUACGAGCGACGCACUUUUGCACCAGGUUUUAAGGACUGUGUUUUUACAGGCAGAUACACUCAAUGUAGCAUUGCAAUGUUUGGAGUUUGGAGCAUUAUUACAGGUUAAAGUGAGUCGACUGAAGACGUUAAAGCAACCACAGCCCCUUUGGUCUGUCCAUGCAUUUUAUUUCUGACUUUAGACCACUUUGGAUGAGUGUGUGUGGUAUGUGGUAUGUGAUAUGUAUAUCACAUAUAUAUAUACACACACAUAUAUACAUAUAUAUAUGUGAACACACACUCUGUCUCUUGACUUGUACAGACAGUGCAAGCUGACAUUUCUCUUGCACAGAUUAUGUAUAAAAAAAAAAAGUUAUUUUGUACAACUUAACGGAAAGAGAGGUGGGAAAAAAAAUCUACUUGUAGAUCUUUGUGCCUUCACUAUGGCUGUACCUGUAAACAAAGCUGAGAUAUACGUACGUUUUUGUUUGUUAGUUUGUUUUUUUGUUGAUUUAUUUUGGGGUUUUUUUUGUUUUUUUUUGGACUGCACUGUACAGCUUGAUGUCACUCUAUCAGCAGGAGCGAUUGCAGAUGGGGACCUAUUCUGUAAAUGUUCUUUCUUUUUAAUUAUUUUUUUGUUUUGUUUGCUUGUUUUGUUUAUAAAAAAAACAAAAAAAAAAACAAAAUGCUGAUUAGUUAAAAAAAAAAAAAGCAAAAAGAAAACAAACCCCGCCCCCCCAAAAAUUCUGUAUACAUUAUGCAAAUUGAACCCCAUUAGCAUAACAUAAAAGAGCAACGUGCAUAAAACAUAAGAUGGAAAAAUCAGCUGAUCAAAAGAUACAACCAGGUGUUGUUUUUCAUAGGGACCUUUUUCAGUAUGAUUGCAAUAUGUUUGUGUGUGUGUGUGUAGUGUGUAUGCAACAGUGCACUGUUUGCACUCGCUUAUAAAUGUGUGUACAUGUAAAUUUAUAGGUCUAUAUAAAUAUAUAUGUACAAUUCUACAUGUUUAAUUAUGUGUGUGGACGUGUAUACAUGCUUUUCUAUGUAUACAGUGAAGAAGUGUACAUACACACAUAGAUAAGCAUGUGUGGAGUGGAAAUGAAUAAAUGAGAGUGUGCAAUACAGAAA